AUGCUGUCUGGACGCCUGUUCCGCGCCGCCUUCCUGUUGACCAGCGGCUUGCUGGCCGUGACACUGGCAGAUACGAACCCGCAGACCUCCAACCUGAACUUCCAGUCGGAAGAGGAGCGUGGCGCCACGUCGAGCUUUGGCUACAAGCAGAAUGGCGGAGCGUGGGUGAUCGACUCCGGCGCCGGCCUCACCGUCACGGUGAGCCAGCGCUCGUGCGAUAUCACGUCCAUGGUCUGGAACAAGGCCGAGCUGCAGAUCAAGAAGAAGAUGACGCACAUCAACUCCGGCCUGGGCAAAGUCACGAGCUCCAUCCAGGAGCUCAAGGACAAGACCGUCCAGAUCUCGUGCAAGACCAAGGGGCUCGAGCACACGUACCUCUUCCGACCCAACGAGAACGCCAUCUACAUGGGCACGCACCACACGACCGAGAUGCAGCUCGGCGAGCUCCGAUUCCUUGCGCGUUUGAACCGUACGCCGAUGAAGAACCCCAUGGUUCCGGCCUCGAACAUCGACGGAAUGAACGCCAUCGAGGCUCACGAUGUCUACGCCGACUCGAAGGGCGUGACGGCCUCCAAGUUCUACUCGGGUAUCCCGUUCAUCGACGACCAAGUCCACGGCGUGACGGGAGAUGCCGGUGGCGUGUUCUUCGUCAUGUCCGACUACGCGUACGAGAAGUCGGUGGGAGGCCCGUUCUUCCGUGACAUCAACAACCAGUGUACCGAGGCCAACGAGCUCACGUUCUACAUGUUCUCGGACCACACGCGCGCCGAGGACUACCGCUACGGAUUUCACGGGCCCUAUGCUCUUGUAUUCACUGACGGAAAGACGCCGGCCGUGUCGGAUGUCGACUUCGACUUCUUCCAGGACCUCACUCUCACUGGGUUCGUCCCCGAAGCCGAGCGUGGAUCGUGGACUGGAACCAUCACCGACAAGAAUGGUGUGCUUAGCAACUCGAGCGUCGUGGUCGGGUUCUCCAACGCCGAAGCGCAGUACUGGGUGAAGCUUAACUCGAUCACGGGGUCGUUUACGUCGCCCAUGAUGAUCGCCGGAAGCUACAACGCCACCAUCUACAAGAACCAACUCCCAGUGAGCUCGGAGGCGAUCACCAUCGGCUCUGGGUCGACUCCAGCCAGCUCUGAGGCGGCGUCGGCGGCUCCCAGCACCAACGCGCCUACGCCCGCCCCCGCUUCUCACCAGAGCCAUUCCCGUAGAACGCAAAGCACGCAGAACGCCCCGACCCUGACGGUGACCUACGAGCCGGCGGCCAAGCCCAUCUGGCGCAUUGGCGAGUGGGACGGCACGCCCGACGGCUUCCUGAACGCCGACAAGAUCCACACGGCGCACCCGAGCGACUCGCGUAUGGAGGCCUGGACGCCGCUGAACUUCACCAUCGGCACCGACAAGGACUCGGUGUUCCCCAUGGCCUUGUUCCGCGCAGUGAACGACCCCAUCACGAUCAACUUCGAGCUCACCAAGGAGCAGGUCGGAGACCGCACGCUGAAGAUCGGCAUCCCUCUGUCGCAGAACAACGGCCGAUGCAGCGUCACCGUGAACAAGUUCAGUGCCAAGUCGCCCCUUAGUGCGGCCGUGAAGACGCGCGGAGUGACGCGCGGAGUCACCGUGGGCAAGUACAUGUUUUACGACUACGCUAUCCCCAAGUCGGCGCUGGUGGAGGGCAAGAACCAGAUCAAGCUCUCGAUUGUUAGCGGCAACAAGGACACGCUGGGCAAGUGGCUGUCUGCGUCCGUCGUGUUCGACGCCCUCGAGCUCGUGUAA